GCCAGAGUUGCUGGGUAGGUGAAACAAAAACAGUGUUCGUGUCGGAGUUAGAAGCUCGGACACAACAGACGGUCAGUGAUUUGACAGUAUCAUUUGAAACUAUUUUUUUGCACGUUGUGCUGCUGCAAAAUCUAUUUUCUACUGUUAAACAUGGCAACUGAUUGCGAGGCCUGGCUGAACGCAAACCCUGUUGAGGCUGAGGACCUGAGUGACUCGUUUGCAUCUGGAGAUGAAGACAAUGGCAGAUCGGCUAUUGCCAACAAAAACAUAAACAAUGAGGUCAAUGGCAACUGGCUGUCCUCGUCAAGCAACAGCAUCCAUGAGGCACGCCUAAAGGCGAAGGCCAAGCGGAGGCUGAGAAAGAACUCCUCCAGGGACUCAGGCAGGGGGGACUCCCUCAGUGAUAAUGGGGACGUUGUCAGGGGAACCUCUGCGGCACCCACCAGCCCCAAGAGCAAGCUACUGGACAGAAAGUCCCGACUUGGAAAGGGCAGAGGCCUACCAAAGAAAGGUGGGGCUGGAGGCAAAGGCGUCUGGGGCCGAUCUGGUGAAGUUUAUGAGCCGGAGGCGGUAGAUGAGAAAGACCCCAACUAUGACGAAGCUCAGGAAAACUGUGUGUAUGAGACUGUGGUCCCCCCACUGGAUGAGAGGGACUUUGAGAAGACAGUCACCCCCAUAGUGCAAGAGUACUUUGAACAUGGCGACACAAAUGAAGUAGCAGAGCUGCUCGCAGAACUGAACCUGGGGCCCAUGCGGAGUGAGGUGCCCUCACUGGCUGUGUCUCUGGCCCUGGAGGCCAAAGCCAGUCACCGAGAGCUCACCUCCAGGCUGCUGGCUGACUUAUGUGGGCCUGUUCUGUCCCGCAGCGACAUGGAAAACUCCUUCGACAAAGUGCUCCAAGAGCUGCCCGACCUGGUUCUGGACACACCUGGAGCCCCACAAUUGGUGGGCCAAUUUAUUGCACGUGCUGUUAGUGACCAGAUAUUGUCCAAAGGCUAUAUCGAGGGUUACAAAGGCAGAGUUGACUGUGAAUACACAAGGGAAGCACUGGAUCGGGCAGCUGUGCUGCUGAAGAUGAAUAUGGGUGGGCUGCGCAUAGACAACCAGUGGGGGACAGGUGGGGGCCAGAGACCUGUCAUACAGCUCAUCAAAGAGAUGAACCUCCUGCUGAAGGAGUACAUCCUAUCUGGAGACAGUAAAGAGGCUGAAAGAUGCCUGAGAGAUCUGGAGGUCCCCCAUUUCCACCAUGAGUUUGUGUAUGAGGCGAUAGUGAUGGUGUUGGAGUCCAAAGGAGAGAAAACAUUCAAAAUGGUCAUGCGACUACUCAAGCUGCUCUCUGUGUCCUCCAUCAUCACUGUGGACCAAAUGAGAAGGGGCUAUGAAAGAGUUUAUAUGGACAUUGCUGAAAUCAACAUCGAUGUCCCUCGUGCAUACUUCAUCCUGGAGCAAUUUGUUGAUAAGAGCCUCAGUAUGGGAAUAAUUGAUGUAAAGUUAAGAGAUCUUUGUCCCUGUCGGGGCCGAAAGAGAUUUGUCAGCGAGGGAGAUGGUGGUGUUGUCAAAGUCGAAAGCUACUGAGGAAUCCUUUUUAUGUACCAGGAAAGAAGAGGAUGAGGAUAAAGCUACUUUUUUACAUGCAUAUUUUUCAAAAUAGUUGGGUACAAUUUUUUUCCCUUCUAACAGUCAAGAGAAUGUACAUUUCUGAAAUUGAGGUGGGCUAAAAAAAAAAAAAAACUGCACUUUCAAUUGAGACUGAAGAUCACUUUCUCUAAGGUGUUUCAAUAUAAACAUUUACAUAAGCUAACCCUUAAAGUGCCACACCUCUCAGUGUCAGUCAUUCCAUGUUGUUUUGUACAGUAUUUUCUUGAUUUCACUGCCACUCCUUUUGUGUUUUCUAGAAAGCAGUGUUUGUACAGAGAUGACUGGUUUGUGUCAAGAGCUUUAUAAAGGGGUAUAAAAAUAAAUAAAUAAAAGGGAGCAUGUUGGUUCAAUGCAAUACUGGCUCCCCAACUAGCUGCUGUUUCUAUGCUGUGCUUGUCUUAUUUUUUUCUUUUUACCCUUUAAAUCACACAAAGAUGUCAUUACUGAAGGUAUCGAUACACGAGUACAGUGCAAAAACAAAUACCAGUCGUGUAACUUCAUAAAGUGGUGUUUAGAGUGUUUAUUUUUAUAUCUGAGCAAUACUGGUGUGUGAAAUGUACCAUGUAUUGCUCCUUGUUUGUUCAUUAAACCACUAUUAAAUAA